AUGCCGACUAAUCGAUUAUUGCUUACUCAAUUAAAAAAUUUUCCUAAUUUAUUUGGUGCCCUUGGUUUACACCCUAAUAAAAUUGGCUUAGAUUAUUAUCGCACUUUUACUGAUAUUGCUAAACAAAAAACCUGGUUUGAAAAGCAAUUGGAAUUGGCUAAAAAAUAUAACUUGCCAGUUUUAUUACAUAUUCGUUCGCAUUCUACUUUCGAAGCCUUUGCGGACGCUUACGAAAUAGUGAAAAAAGCAGGAAUAAAAAAAGGCGUUCUUCAUUGCUUUACCGGAAAUUGGGAAAUAGCCGAAAAAGAGGUGUUAGAAAAAGCACCUUUGGAAAAAAUUGUUAUUGAAACUGAUGCACCUUAUUUAAUCCCCGAACCAUUACGAGGACGACAAACUAAUAAUUAUCCUCAGAAUAUAAUUUAUACCUUAAAAAAAAUUGCCGAAAUAAAAAAAAUGGCAGAAGGAGAAGUAGCAAAAAUAAUUUAUCUUAAUACUUUACGAUUUUUUGGGCUCUUGAUAGCAUCGCCUAAUGAAUAA